CAGGAGCUGUCAGGUCCCGGCCUGGCUCAGUAUCGGCUCAGUAUCGGCUCAGUGCGGGCUCAGUGCGGGCUCAGUAUCGGCUCAGUGUCGGGCUGUGUCCAUGCCGGGCCCCUCGGAGCCAGAGGGAUGAGGGUCGGGCCCUUCCGGCUGCUGCAGCUGCUCCUGUGCGGGCUGUGCCUGGGGCUCUCUACCCGGGACCGGGCGGUAUCGCACCGAGUUGCAGUUCAGCCCGACAGCCCGUUAUACUGGGAAGUGACCCCACGGCUGCACAGGAGCGGGCACCGACUGGGCCUGCAGGAAGCAAUGCAGAUCCUCCCUGAUGACCUGCAGAUUUCCAUGGAGAUAGAUGGAGAGCAAGUACAGCUGGACCUGGAGCGGAAUAGACACCUGGUUCCGGGAUCUCACAGACUGAUCUACUACCUGCCCAAUGGCUCCCGUGUAACCGACCAGGACCCGGGGGUGGCAAACUGUUACUAUCAGGGGCAGCUGGAAGGCCAGACGGGACCCUGGAGCAGCCUCAGCUUGUGCUCAGGAAUCCGGGGGAUCAUCAUGACGUCCCCAGAAAGGGGGUUCAGCAUCGAGCCGCUCCCCGGAGACCCCUCCCACAAACACAUUGUGCGCCUGACCCAGGAGAACCCCAAGAACUCAUCAUGUGGGAACAGUGAGACCCCCCAUCUCCUAACUGGCACCAUAGGGACCCAGAGCCGGGAACCUCAUCACCGGACAAAGAGGGACGUAGUGACGGAGAGAAAGUUUGUGGAACUGGCAAUGGUGGCAGAUAACAGGGAGUACAAGUUGCUCCACGGAGACAUGAAGGGUCUGCACAUCCGGAUGCUCGAAAUCGCUAACAAGGUGGAUGCGUUUUACCGACCCCUCAAUGUCCGCGUGGCCCUCGUCGCUGUUGAGGUUUGGAACCAGAAGGAUCAGAUCAAUAUCAGCACGAACCCUGCGGAGACGCUUUACCGCUUUCUGUCCUGGAGAGAGAGGAGCCUCCUUCCCCUGGUGGCCAAUGACAAUGCCCAGCUAUUAACGGGCCUCACCUUUAAGAACUCCUCAGUUGGCAUGGCAACACUGAACUCCAUGUGCAGCAGCGGGGGCUCCGGGGGCGUGAGUAUGGACCACUCGGUCAGUAUCCUGGGCGUGGCCUCCACCCUCGCGCACCAACUGGGGCACAACCUGGGUCUGAGCCAUGACACGGACAGGAAGUGCGGCCAACCCAGUAAGGGCAAGAAAUGGAUCAUGGAGCCCUCAGCGGGGUUCUUGCCGGGCCUGGAGUUCAGUAACUGCAGUCUCGCUGACCUGGAGUUCAGUCUGCGCCGUGGGGGGGGAAUGUGUCUGUUCAACGUCCCCCCCCCCAAGAGACUGUUUGGGGAGCCCCAGUGCGGCAACUUUCUGGUGGAGGAGGGGGAGCAGUGUGACUGCGGUCUCACUCAGGACUGCAGGGACCCGUGCUGUGAUGCCAGUCUGUGCCAGCUGCGAAGUGGGGCUCAGUGCUCAUCGGGCGACCAAUGCUGUGAGGGGUGUAAGCUGAAGGUGUCGGGGUGGAUGUGCCGGGAGCCCCUGGGGGCGUGUGACCUACCCGAAUACUGUAACGGGGAGUCACCCCAUUGCCCCCCAAAUGUGUAUCUGCAGAAUGGGGAGACAUGUGACCAAGGCUACUGCUACCGAGGGGAGUGUCGGACACUAAGAGCCCAGUGCCUGGAUGUGUGGGGCCCCGGCUCCGCCCCCGCGCCGGACCCCUGUUUCAGCAAAGUGAACGUUCGAGGAGAUAAAUACGGGAAUUGCGGCCGAUCCCCAGAUGGCACUUACCUGCCUUGUGCCGAGAGUGACGUUUGGUGCGGGAAGAUUCAGUGCCAGGGGGGCAGUGCCCGUUCCAGGCUCGGCGCCGGGGCCCAGACGGUUCUGGUCAGUGUCACCAUCAACGGGUCGGAGCUGUCGUGUCGCGGGACCCACUUUGAUCUCGGAGACGAUAUUUGGGACUCGGCGGUUCUCGUAGCAACGGGGACACCGUGUGGAACAGGAAAGGUCUGUAUUGGACAGAAGUGUGAGGAUGUUUCGAGGCUGAAGGUGCAGAACUGCAGGAACAAAUGUAACGGCCGGGGGGUCUGUAACAGUAACAGUAACUGCCAUUGUGACCCCGGCUGGGCACCGCCCGACUGUGUGGGCUCCGGGCAAGGGGGCAGCAUCGACAGCGGCUCACUUUCUGGCAGGCCGGAUGGCAGCUCCGUCACCGCGGCCCUCCUGGUGCUUUUCCUACUGGUCGUGCCCCUCCUGGUCCUGCUGGGAAUCUGCUACAUAAAGCGCGAUACUCUGCAGCGCAGACUGGGCAAGUUCAGCACCAGCAGCAAGUGCCAAUACAGGGUGGCGCAGUCUGGCAACGACCCGUCCCGCCCUCAGCGGCCCCCGCCCCCAAACUGGGCCCAGGGCACAGAACUGCAGGUCAUGUCGACCCACAGCAAGGAAUGGCCUCUGGCUUCUCUCUUCUCCUUCCUCCUCGAUCUGCUCUUCAGGGCCCCGACCGGCCCGACCCACCGGCCAAGCCUCUUCCGCCCGAUCCACUGCCCAAACGCUGCCAGGCUGAUGAUGAGGACAGGCCGCCACCCCCUGCCCGGCCUCUCCCUGCGGAUCCCGCCCCCCGGCAGGUUCAGCCGCCUGUGCCAGGGAAGCCGCCUCCCCCCAAGAAACCGCUGCCCCUGGACCCCUUGUCUCAGGCCCCUCUCCUCACCGUGCCAGCCUAUCCUGAUCACAUGAUCGCCGCGCCGUCACGGCCUGCGCCGCCCCCCCCACAUUCAGACAGAGCCCAGCAGGUGUAGCGACUGCUGAUUGGACGCGUCGGAGACACAAGGAGAGGGCGGAGCAGAAGCCCCUGGGCUCCCCAUAAUUCUCUAUGUGGGUGCUGGCCCCCCACCUGCUGUUCUAAGGAUUUCAUGGGGCGUAUUUGGGCUGCAGAGGAUUUAGGGGCCCGACGCAGACUUGUCGACUAAUCACCUCUGGGCGGCCAAAUGCCCAAUGACACCAUUCCUACUGGCCCCGGACUCAUUCUGCCCCCCCUCCCUGGGCUUGUGGGGGGGGGUCACGGGGCCCAUAGUCCUGCUGUAUCAUUCUCAGUGGCCUCAUGGGAUGUAUUUAUGUGAUGGGAGUGAGUGUGAGUGUGAGUGCAGGGGAGAGUGAGGCAGUGCAAUAAGGGGGGGCUUUGGUUUUGGGGAACCUCUGUUUUUCAUAUAAAAUGUAUCCGUCCCUGGUGAGGAUUCUGGGAAGGAGAAAUGAUUUUCAGUUGAUUUGGGAAUAAAAGGGACAAUGACAAAAGGGACAAAAUCAUUCCUAGUGAGAGGGUUUACUUUCCCUUUAUCGGUUCCUCUGUGCGACGCGGAUCAUCCAACCCCCAAGCGCUCCCGGGAGAACCGGUUCCACGUUUUAGGGAUAAAAAUCGCCCCAGAUAUUUGCACUGGAGUCGCUGCCGUCACCGAACCGGGAAAUGUUCCGCAAUAAAAUGGAGUUUGGAAACCGAA